UUGUAACAUUAGAGCGACCUGAACUACUAAGCAAGUCGUAGUGUGAAGAUCUCCUAGUCAAAAUGCCCUUCAGCAUUUCCAGCCUUCCAAUUUCGUCGAACAUAGCUUGUGAGGUUCAUGAAAACUGCCCACUCUAUCAUGCGAUUCUAGAACCUUGUACCCAUGUUUACGGACAACUAGUUAACCUUUCUAUUCACCUGGAUCUGCGAAGACAUCAGGAGGUCGUGGGCUGAGAAUUCUAGGGUUAGCCACAUUCUACCCCGCUUUCAACCUGUCUACACCACAUUAUCAUAAACUGUCGGCUAUGUGCAUGAGGCGUCCCAAUGCGGGUGGGAACAGAGGUAGACGGAAAGCUGGCCUAGUAGAAGCCUACUAUUGACCCUAAGCAGCCCAUUGAAAAUCUAAGUCACUAGAAAUAUGUCUUCGUACAUGUAUGCGAAACUAGAGGAGAACCGUGAGACAAGGCUCGCAGACAUACUGCCCGGUAAGUUGGAUGACCCGGUUCGCGUCGCGUUCCGCGUCGCGACAAUCCCUAAUAGUCAGACCGCCUCCAAUAUUCCGGAGGAAGACUACCCUCAUUACGAAGCGCUGUCAUAUGCCUGGGGCCCAUUAACAGACACAGUCGACGUUCUCAUCGUGAACGGCAAUGUCUCCACCAUCCCCGUGACCCGGAACCUCGAGGAGGGACUGCGGCACCUCCGCUACGAGGACCGGCCCCGCACCAUGUGGAUCGACGCCCUGUGCAUCAACCAGGUAAAUCUCCGCGAGCGCAGUUGGCACGUCGCCAAGAUGUGCAACAUCUACGCUGCUGCGUACCGCGUUGUCGUCUGGCUCGGGCUCGAGGCCGACGAUAGCGCCUAUGCGCUCAAUGAACUAGCAAAGUUGGGCAACCAGCUCGAUGUCGCCUACAGCACCGAGAAGAUCACGAUCCUGUCGCCCGUCCACGGAGAGCCACCUCCACGCGACGAGACCACGUUAGAGUUGCGCUUCGGCAAGCGCGAGCUCAAGGCCGUGGCGGAACUCAUAAAUCGCAACUGGUUUGGCCGCCUGUGGAUCCGACAGGAGAUAUAUGUGGCCAGCUCGGCGUCGGUGCUAUGCGGCCGGACCGAGGUGCCGUGGGAGGCGGUGGCUCGCGGCUUGUUCUGUGUGUGGCAGUGGCCCAAGCGUGAUGUGCUGGAGGUGGAGGUGCUGAGCCAGCUGGCCGCCCGCCUUGACCUUGUGCGCCUGCUUGUCGACCGAAGUCGUCAUAUGACGUACAAGUAUCUACGCCGAGAGCUUGCGGGUGUCCAUUGGACUGACCCCCGUGACGCCGUCUACGCCGUCCAGGGGAUGCUGAGGCCCAAGGACCGCUCAAUCGGCGUUGUGCCCGACUAUUCACUGCCGCCCGCGCGUGUCUACACCGACGUCGCCGUCCGCGUCAUGCAGGCACAGGAGUCGUUGGAUGUUACGACUUCGUGUGACAUGGCCCAACACUACAUGGAGGGAUUGCCGAGCUGGGUGCCCGACUGGUGGACGCAUACAGAUAUGAAAAUGGAGGGCACAAUGGAACCGUACUGGUACGCGUCGGGUCCUAUAUAUCCAUUAUUCAGCUAUCUUGGAGACGGCGUCCUUCGCGUAGCGGGUAUUCGCGUGAGCACCGUCAAGAGUGUCAGUCUUAUGGAGCCGCGUCCCGGAGCCGAGUUCAACCCCGACUUCCUACGAAGCCUGCGGAGCCUCCCACUACUAGACGCUCUGGAACCCGGGGCAACGUACGUCGACGGCACGAGCCUGCUUGAGGGAUACUGCCGACUUUUCUGUUGCGAGCGCUUUGACGAGGAUACCAACCUCUACAGAGAAUGGGUCGCAACACGUGAUGAGUGCUCGGCGGCGCUACGGGAGAUUCUGUCAUCAGACAUGGCAGAUCCGCUUCACGACAAGGCGAGCCCGGGCUUCAAGCUCAUGCGCUUGGCACAUGCCUACUUGCGUGGGCGUUGCUUCUUCCGCACCACCCACGGCCACUGUGGCUCUGCGUCAGAGGCAGCGCAGCCGGGGGACCUGGUCUGUGUCUUUAUCGGAUCCAGCAGACCGUCGCUACUUCGGGCCGUGGACGGCGGCGCUAGCGGAUCGGGGGGUUCGAGAUGGCGGCUAGUAUCAGAUAGCUACGUUCCUGGCCUUAUGGCGGGUGAGGCAGUCCAUGGUCGCCUCCCUAGUUACUACAAGCCGACGCAAUGCCGGCCUCCUGGCGAUUCGCAUAAGUGGCGUAGCGGCAUUAGGGAUACACGGACGGGCGAUCUGCUGUGGCAUGGCUCGUUGGUUCGUAAGUUGCUGGGCCUCCCACCGGGUGGCGAUGAGGACGGACAUAGGCGCAAGAUCCGGAUCACUGUGGACGAGUUUCAGCAGGCUAAUGUACAAGUGGAAGAUUUUGAACUGGUGUAGACUGACACACUACAAUUAUUUUAAUUCGGAUAAUAAUUAACCUAGGGAAGAAUUUUAGCCGAGUUAACACUGAUACGAGUGGGAUUGAUCCGGCCUUUCCUUAGUACCUACCGUUGAGACUCAAUAGGUGUUGCAGAGUCAGUUUCCGGAAAAGAAAUUCUCUUAGUACUCCGACUAUUUCGAAACGCUUAUUCGCUAGCUCUAUGAUAUUGUCGAUGUACGACGUUUAGGACAGCCAGAUAGUUUGGUUCCGCCUAUGCCUAAUAGCCUCCAUCCGUCAUGUUAAAAACAACGGAAUCAUUGAGUAUGAGUGAUGCACCGCUGUUUCUGUCAAGAGUAGUACAUGUGAUC